AUGAAUUUCAAUAUUGGAAGCCCAUCAGAGUCAUUAUACUUUGAUGGUGAAAAUGCUGAUGAUGAUGCAAAUCUAAUUAAUUACAUUGAGGUGAUUAGUGCAGAAGAAGAAUCACGAAUCACCAUGAAUGCAAACAACAACAUCUGCAUGGUUCGCUAUCUCAUUCAACUAAACAAAGAGGCAGUCCAUAGAGGCUCAGUUCUUGGUCAUAGAACUAUCAACUGCGAUCGUGAAAGUGUUGAUCGUCAUGACAACUAUUUUGUGCAGAGAAGGGAUGUCAUGGGAAAACUUGGGUUGUCUAGUCUUCAAAAAAUCACUGCCGUGUUUCGAAUGUUAGCAUAUGACAUCCCAGCAGAUGCCGCCGAUGAGUACAUAAAAAUAGGAGAGUCUACAACUAUUGAAAGUUUGAAGAGAUUCUAUCGUGCAAUUGUGGAGCUUUUUACUGAUCAAUAUCUAAUAUCACCUAACGCUAAUGGAAUUUCUAGGCUACUCCAUCUUGGUUCCAACAAUGAAAUUAAUGUGUUGGAGGCAUCCCAUCUUUUUUCCAAUCUCGCUUCAGGUAUUGCUCCUCCUGCUCAUUAUGUUAUUCAAGGAAAAGAAUAUAACACAAGUUAUUAUUUAGCUGAUGGUAUAUACCCGAAAUGGUCUACUCUUGUACAAACUAUCCAUGAUCCACGAGGCACUAAAAAGAAACAUUUUUCCAUGAAACAAGAAUCAUGUCGGAAUGAUGUAGAAUGUGCAUUUGGAGUUCUUCAAUCGCGUCUGCUAGAGCAUCACGUUUUGGGAACAAACAUGUGUUACAUGAUAUAA